AUGAAUAGCUACACUGUCUUCCCCGUGAAACCGAACAACGACAAUACUCUUCGUCGUCUAUAUGCAUGCGUCAUACAACAGCCGCCACCCAUUAGUCAAGCCGUCCCGUCCUUCUACCCAAUCAGACGACGGCGUGAAUUGUGGUUGGAUGGACGAGGUGGAAACAUGGUGAACGAACAUAGGCUUUUCUGGGAACACGAGGAUCAUGAUGAAGGACAACACGUAUCCGACCAGCAUAUGCCUUCGUUUCGAGCUCGUUGGCGGGGGCGGAGGCCCGAGGGCUAUGUGUCCGUGAUGCAGGAUGCGAAGCGAGAAGUUAAUCACCCAGACCAUACAUCUAGCUAUCGGAAAGUCAGUACCAGCGCAUCGAGCACGUAUCAGCCUCACAACAGAGAUAACACGAAGAAAGCUGAGGUUCGGGUCCUAAAUCUGGUUGGGAUGGGCUGGUGGCAGCGGCUCGCGCUGAGGGUAACGCGGGAGUCGGGAGUGCUGUGCGUUCGACGAAAGCCUAAAGCGGCAGCCUGCGAAUGCCAAAUGGGCGGAAAUGGUCGAGCACAGCGCCAGCGAGCGUCGAAGGUUGGCCCUGGAACGCGUUCUUUGACGACGAUGGCCCGGGUGGGUGCAGGGCGGUGUUUGGAAGGGCUGGAGGUUGGAGGUUGGAGGUUGGAGGUUGGAUAUUAUAUGGAUGCAAGGAUUUGGCCAGGCGGUGUUUGA